CAAAUUCCAAUCACUUCACUUUCCCAGCCCAAAACCUAAACCCGUCUUAAUCUAACGGUCCUCAGUCUCCAUCUUUCCCUUACCAAAUCUCAUCCGUCCGUCAACAUUUCAAGCCUAUCCGUCCGAUCUACUCCAAAUCGAAUCCAGCCGUUGUUAUUCUCAGAAUUCAAUUUCAAAGAGAUAUGGAGAUGGAGCUGAGGAAGCUAAGCUGUUCCUUCCCCUAAAGAGUGUCGAAAUCCUCCACCUCCGCUUUGGCUUCUGUUCUUUCAGCUAGAGUCCGACGAAGAUUUGAGCUUUUUUCCUCGGAUUUUGUGUUUGGUUUGGGAUUUUGGAUGAGAAUAGUGAAAAGAGACUUGCUUUGUUUUUUUUUUUUUUUGGUUAAUGGUGGAUUGUGAGAUUUCAUUCAAUUACUUUUUUUCUGUUCAUUUGAUUCAAUGAUUUGUUCUGAGUUUGCGUCGAGAUUGAUUAAUGGAGAACGGUGAAACUGUUUCUGAUUUUGCGCCGAAGAAAUUGGCGAGGCAAUUGGAUUUUACGUUGAUGUGUCGUGCAUCGGAGAAUGGUAGACUGCCGGUGCUGCUUCAGUCACCGCCGCAGCAAUUAUCAGCACGGCCACAGUCGCAUUUGCAGUUAGAAUCAAAGUCGCCGCAACCACAACAGAGGGUGCUGGGACAAGGACAAUGCGAAACGCAGCUAACCCCACCGUCAAAGCAACAGCCGGAAAUAAAACCGCAGUUGGAGUCGGAGUCACCGAUGCAGCUACAGACGCUGAAAUCGCCGUCAAAUCUACCGGCAAGAUCACAUUUGCAGGCAAUGCAACCAUUGGCAGCGCGGCAUCAUCAAGCUUCCGUGGCCCAUCGGACGCCGCAUCCGGUGCAAAAGCUUUCUCCGCAGCAGACGUUUCGGUUGGGCAAGCAAGAGUCCCCUAUGUCAAGACUGCAUUCUAGCGUUGAUGCUAAAGAUGGUACACCAAAGAAACAAAAGCAGUGUAAUUGCAAGAAUUCUCGGUGCUUGAAGCUGUAUUGUGAGUGCUUUGCUGCUGCAAUUUACUGCGAUGGUUGUAACUGCAUAAAUUGUCAUAACAAUAGCGAGAAGGAAGAGUAUAGGCAAGAGACAAUUAAUUUGUUAUUGGACCGCAAUCCAAAUGCAUUCAGACCUAAGAUUGGUAGCAGUCCACAUGGACUUCAGGAUGCUAAGGUUAAUGCAAGUGAACUUCAGAUGGUAGGAAAGCACAAUAAAGGAUGUCAUUGCAAGAAAUCAGGGUGUCUAAAGAAGUACUGUGAAUGCUUCCAAGCCAAGGUUUUCUGCUCUGAAAAUUGUAAGUGCAUUGACUGCAAGAACUUUGAAGGAAGUGAAGAGAGAAGAGCUCCCAUGCAGGGAGAGCGUAAUUCCUUGGUUUUCUUGCAACAGGCAGCAAAUGCAGCCAUUAAUGGUGCCAUAGGGUUAUCUGGGUUUGGGACUCUUUUGGCAUCCAAGAAGAGAAAAGGUGAUGAAAUCUUUUGUGGUGUAGCAGCGAAAGAUCAAUCUUUUUCCAAGACAGCACAAAAUCAACAGGAAAAUCCUCCUGCCAACUCUUCUUUCUUAUCUGCCCCUGUUUCUUGCAGUCCUAAUACAGUGGUAUUGGGAUCUUUGAAACCCACACUAAGAUCUCCAUUAGCUGAUGUUCUCAAACCACAAGAUGUGAAGGAGCUAUGCUCAGUUUUGGUUGUACUUUCAUCAGAAGCUGCAAAGACACUUCCAGGGAAAAAUAACGAAAUGGAUCUGCAAAUGCAAAGAGAGAGUUGCAAUGUUGAAACUGCUGUUUCAUGUUUUCAUGCAAGUGAAACAAGUGAGAAAGGAAGUGAUUCAAUUACUGCAGAUGUUGAUAGAAAUGGUAACUCUGGAUCAAACCGGGGUGAUGUUGAAAAUGGAAGGCCUUUGUCUCCUGGAACACGUGCCUUGAUGUGUGAUGAAGAAGAUGCAAUGUUUAUGGCAGCUCCAUCACCAACUGCAUUGCAAGGCCAUUGUCAAAACAUGGGCAAGGAGUCAUUGAAUGACCAUAAGCGCACAAAGAUCUAUGCAGAGCAGGAAAGGGUUGUCUUGACAAGUUUGCGGGACUUUCUCGACCGUCUCAUUACUCGAGGGAUCAUAAAACAGUCAAUGUGUUCUCCCCCAGACAAUCCCACCAUAAAGUCUUUAAAUCAAUCGCGAAGCAGCAUUGUGAAAUCUUGGAGUCCUGCAACCGUUGAAAUAUCUCAGACUUCCACUGCAAUCUCUUCAGCUCCAACUAACAGCAUGACUUUAAAGAUGGGAUUGCCUAUUGGCAGUGUAAAAAUAGACGCAGAGAUUAAGAACUCAAAUACGCAACAGGAAUAGUUUCAACCAUCUGCAUGCCACCACCAUGUCCAUAUGUGUUACUGUGCUCAAUAUUUGGCAUACUUGGGUCCCAUCUAAUAAGAUUCAAGGACCCAUUACUUCUCACAACAUUACAUGCUAAUUGAUACUACCUUUAGAAAUUUCCGUGGGUUCUUUGCUAAUGUAAUUAGAUUUCAACAUGAAACCUAAUUUAUGUAAGGCAAUUUUGUAUGAUGAAAGGAAUCUUUAUAACUCCACCGGAGUUCCGAUGAAGCUUCCUUAUAAGGCUUCAUUCGUGAUUGUUUCAUC